UGCGCUCCAACCGGGUCCCGCUCCGCCCGGUCCGGUCCCGACAUGAGCUCGGGCGCGGCGGCGGGUUCGGUGCGGGUGCGCUACCUCGUGUACUUCCAGUACUUGGGCACAGACUUUAAUGGGGUCGCGGCCGUGAGGGGCGCCCAGCGCGCCGUCGGGGUCCAGAACUACCUGGAGGUGAGCUCCGCCGGCGGCCGCCGGGAUGAAGGAGGGCGACCCCGGGGAGGAGCAUAUGGGAGCCUCCGUGCCUGGGGGCUCGGGGAGCCGUCCUCCGCGGCUCCGGGUCUUCGCCCCGCGCUGCCCGCCCCGCCCCUGGCGGCUCUGUCCCCGCAGGAGGCCGCAGAGCGGCUGAACUCGGUCGUGCCGGUCAAGUUCACUAUCUCCAGCCGCACGGAUGCCGGGGUCCACGCCCUGAGCAACGCGGCGCACCUGGACGUCCAGCGCCGCUCAGGCCAGCCACCCUUCUCUCCUGAGGUCCUGGCCAAGGCCCUCAACACCCACCUGAAGCACCCGGCCAUCCGGGUACUCCAGGCCUUCCGGGUGCCCAGCAACUUCCAUGCCCGCUACGCGGCCACUUCCAGGACCUACCUGUACCGCCUGGCCACCGGCUGCCCCUGGCCUGACCAGCUGUCUGUGUUUGAACAAAACCGGUGCUGGGCACUGCGGGCAGACUGCUUGGAUGUGGCUGCCAUGCAGGAGGCUGCCCAGCACCUCCUGGGGACGCAUGACUUCAGCGCCUUCCAGUCAGCCGGCAGCCCAGCCACGAGCUCGGUGCGCACGCUGCGCCGAGCCUCAGUGUCCCCUGAGCUGUCCAGCCCCUUUGUCCUCCCCCAGGAGAGCAGGAGGUUGCGGUUCUGGAACCUGGAGUUUGAAAGCCAGUCCUUUCUGUACAGACAGGUGCGGAGGAUGACAGCUGUGUUGGUGGCCGUGGGGCUAGGGGCUCUGACGCCUGCUCAGGUGAAGAUGAUUCUGGAGAGCCGGGACCCCCUGGGCAGGCACCAGACACGUGUGGCCCCAGCCCACGGCUUGUUCCUGAAAUCAGUGCUUUACGGGGGCCUUGGAGACCUUGGUAAGCCCUGCCUGCACCUACUGAUUGAUCCCCUCUCAGUGCUGACUCCUCGCUGGGGUAGGGGGCUCUUGGUGGCAGUGCCAUCACAGCCCUCAUCUGUCGUCUUAGCAACUGGAAAUCCAGCCAGGGCCCAGUGCGAAAGCCAGGGGCCAGGGAGGCCCGAUGACCUCAGGCCAGAGACCAGCAGCCCAAAGCUCCUGCGGCCCCAAAGCUCCUGGCCUUCUAUGUCCUGCAGGGUCCACAGCAUGGAAGCCACAGAUGACCCUCAGGUGCCCAGCACAGGUCAGGGUAGCCAUGGCACGCUAGACCCUGCCCAGCUCUGUCCACCACUGUGCCCGGCAGGGACCAGCCCUGAACUGUCAUACACUCUGCCACCUGGGGCUGCAAUGGGCCUCCUGCCUCUCAUAGGCCUGUACCUGCCUGAAGUCCCCACCACCUGGGUGCCCUGGGUGGGCUGCCAUGGGGGCAGGGGGCAAGCACUAAGAAAGGGACACCCAAGCAGCCUUGGUUCUGUCUUUACUGCAAAUUAAUACUCUGGGAGCCCCCACCCAGAAAUAGAAAUAAAAGGUGAAGAGGC